CUCUCUUUCCAGCCUUCAGUUUCCAAAGUCCAGCGGAUGGCGUAGGUGUGUGUCUCUCUUCGACGCGAGACGGUUCUGCUCGGCCGAUGACCGUCAGCCAACGCGCGUCAGUUGGUUAGUUAGUUAGUUCCCCUCGCUCGGCUGUCUGCUACCAUGUAUGACGUCAUGAUGUAAAAAAUGAAAUAAAAGGGAGAAAUGGUCAAGAAGGCAGUGUUUCGUUCUGUGAUGGAUGAAAGGUUAAAAGAGAAGAUUAAGUAAAUAAAGUUUCCCCAAACAGGUGUAGCUAAAAGGCGUUGAAAGAGAAAUCGUCUGAUCCGUUUCAGUUAUAGAUUGUCGUGUUGGUUCAGAUCGUCACCAUGUCAUCUUAGACCAAACGUGUUAUAUGGAGUUCUCUCCCGUAAUUCCAACAGUUAUUCAUGAUGUGUGAGGUGACAACAUCGACUCGAGUCAAUUUCGAAAUAUUAAUAAAAGUAUAACUCGAAAAAAAAAAUCCUAAAAGAAAAGCGAAGGAAAAAAAAUAAAAAUAAAAAGUUUGAUUUCUCGAAAAUGAUGGUGAGGUUCGAGGGACGAUCUCUGGCCAGUGUGAUGAUCAUCUUGGUCGUCUUUGUGAUUGGGGGAUCGUCCUCCGUAGGCCAUACGCAGGAGAUUUACGACGACGUGGAGGAGGAGAAUGCCGACGAGGAGUCAGACCCCAACGACGAGUUCAAGAACAGUCCGAUGACGUCAUCCACAUCCGUGGCCGGAGAGACCUCUGUUCUCCCUUGUAAUAUAUCCUCUGAUAUUCGUGGUGACUCCGUCCAGCUGGUGCUUUGGUAUAGAGACAACGUUCCCACUCCUAUAUACAGCUAUGACGUGCGUUCAGGCGACUACUCCCCUCCCACAAAGUGGUCCGACCCCGUUCUUUUGGGCGACAGGGCCUAUUUCAGCAUGACCAGCAAGCCUGCCGCUCUGGUGCUCAACCAGACUACCAGGGAUGACCAGGCCGUGUACAGGUGCAGAGUCGAUUAUAAGCAGUUUACCACGACUCACGCCAGGGUCAACCUGACUGUGAUUGAACCCAUAAGAAACGUGAAGAUAGUCGACCAGGGAGGCCUGGAGUUGGUGGGCGCUGCAGGUCCCUACACGCUAGGAGAGCGACCUACCCUGACCUGCCGAGUGCAGGGGGGCGACCCGCCCCCGACGGCGGUCACCUGGUGGAGAGAUGGCCUUCUUCUGGAUAGCACCUAUCACCAUCAGACUCCUCCGAGUGUGAGAACCAGCACCUCGGCUCCAGGGGGGACGGUAGUAAAUACAAUCCACCUAAGAGCACUCAAGAAAGAGGAUCUGCGCUCUCUCUAUACCUGUAAAGCUGCCAACCACGAGAAGGCGCCGACGAAAGAGGUGGCAGUUGAAAUCGAUAUGAAUUUCGGUCCAGACACAGUGGAGGUCCAUGGCCUGGAAGGUCCACUCUCCUCUGGAAGGGCGCAACAACUGGUUUGCGAGGCGAAGGGUAGUCGCCCCCCUGCCAUAAUUACCUGGUGGCUGGAUGGGCACAUGAAGAAGAGUGUCGCUCAUAUGACGUCCCUGGACGGCGUGGUAUCCAGCAGCACUCUGGAGCUCACUGUAUCCCCAACGGACGAGGGGAAAGAGCUCACAUGCAGGGCCGAAAAUCCAGAGUUGCAGCAGCCCCACCAUUGAGGACUCUCAUAAGCUGGAAAUUUUAUAUCCCCCAGAAGUUUCCGUAGCUGCAGGGUCUUCACUGGACUUGAACAAGAUCAAAGAAGGAGAUGACGUCUACUUCGACUGCCAUGUGAAGGCAAGGCCCGAUGCCCAUACCAUCACAUGGAGCUUCAAUGUAAGUGUAAAAAGUAUCAUA